GUCAGGAAUCCACCAGCCCCAUCAGGACCACUCACACAGGGCAGGUGUGGGGCAGCCUUGUCCACAUGAAGGGCACCGAUGUGGGGGUCCACACCUUCCUGGGAAUUCCCUUUGCCAAGCCACCUCUAGGACCUCUGCAGUUUGCACUCCCUGAGCCUGCUGCACCUUGGAGUGGUGUGAGGGAUGUGAUAUCCCACCCAGCCAUAUGUCUGCAGGACAUUGCUGCCAUGAAAACACAGGCACUGAUUGUGCCUCCCUUCCCCAUGUCUGAGGACUGCCUGUAUCUCAACAUCUACACACCUGCCCGUGCCCACAAGGGCUCCAACCUGCCUGUGAGUACUAGGCCAUGGUGAUGGAUCCAUGGAGGUGCACUGGUUAUAGGCAUGGCUUCCUUGUAUGAUGGAUCCAUCCUGGCAGCCUUUGAAGACGUGGUGGUGGUCACUAUCCAGUACUGUCUGGGCGUCCCAGGCUUCUUCAGCACUGGAGACCAGCAUGCUACUGGCAACUGGGGCUACCUUGAUCAAGUGGCCGCCCUAUGCUGGAUCCAGCAGAAUAUUGCCCACUUCGGAGGCAACCCUGACCGCGUGACCAUUUUUGGCGAGUCUGCAGGUGGCACUAGUGUGUCCUCACAUGUUCUGUCCCCCAUGUCCCAAGGACUCUUCCAUGGUGCCAUUAUGGAGAGUGGGGUGGCACUGGUGCCAGACCUCAUCUCCAGCUCUUCUGAGGUGGUCUACACAAUGGUGGCCAACCUGUCUACCUGUGAGCAGACAGACUCAGAGGCACUCCUGCGAGGCAAGAGUGAAGAGGAAAUGCUGGCUAUUACCAAGGCAUUCAAGAUCAUCCCUGGCCUAGUGGAUGGGGUCUUCCUGCCCAGGCACCCCCAGGAGCUGCUGGUCUCUGCUGACUUCCAACCUGUUGCCAGCAUCAUUGGUGUCAACAAUGAUGAGUACGGUUGGAUCAUCCCCUCGAGCAUGCCCACCUAUGAUUCCCAGAAGAAAAUGGACAGAGAAAUGAUACAGGCUGCCCUGCAGAGAAGGUCAGCACAGAUGAUGUUGCCUGCUGAGUAUGGUGACCUGCUGAUGGAGGAGUACAUGGGGGACACUGAGGACCCCCAGAUCAUCCAAGCCCAGUUCCAAGAGAUGAUGGAGGACAUCAUCAUCGUGAUGCCUACAUUGCAAGUAGCACACUUUCAGCGUUCCCACGCCCCUGUCUACUUCUACGAGUUCCAGCAUCAGCCCAGCUUCUUCAAGGACAUCAAGCCCCCCUAUGUGAAGGCUGACCAUGGUGAUGAAAUUCUCUUUGUCUUCAGAUCCUUUCUGGGAGACAACAAAGUUGACCUCACUGAGGAGGAGGAGCUGCUGAGCAGGACGAUGAUGAAGUACUGGGCCAACUUUGCUCGCAAUGGGAACUCCAACAGUGAGGACCUGCCCCACUGGCCUGUGUUCAACUGGGAUGAGCAGUACCUGCAGCUGGACAUCCAGCCUACCAUAGGCCAGGCCCUGAAGGCCUCCAAGCUGAAGAUCUGGACCAAGAUCUUGCCUCAAGAGAUACAGGAGCUCAUGGGUGCUGAGAAGAAGCACACAAAACUGUAG